AUGAGCGCUCGAUGCGGCAGCUACUACAGCGCCGACGGCGCGUUCGUGGACGCGUUCUUCUGCCCCAAAGCGGGAAACUCGGCGGCCGCCGUCUACUGCUGCGGAUUCAAUGACGUGAAAUACUGCUGCGACGACCCCAACAGCUUUUUCCCGUAUGACUACCGGUACAUGUGGUGGCUGAGCAUCGGCGCUCUGGUGGGUCUGUCCAUCGCAGCAGUGGUCCUCCUCGCCUUCCUCGUCACGGUGUGCGUCCUCUGCUACCUCUUCAUCGCCACCAAACCCAGUCGCCUUGACAACGGCCUGCCCCUCAGAGCACCAGCAGGAGGCUCCGGUGACGCGUGCAGCCAGGCGACGGCUGCCGCCGCCGCCGCCGCCACCGGUCCGCAGGGGUUCAGAAAACACUUUGUGAGCAGGAAGCUGGACUGCGAUAACCAGCGGUCGGACCCCGAGCCCCUGUUCCAGAGGUGCUUCACAGCCACGGUCACCGGUGUGCAGGUGGAGAGCCCUUUAUAGCCCAGCAGCCCGGAGAUCAACACAGCCACUGUAUCAGGAAGAUCACUGUGAGGCUGACGUGACGCGGACUGGACUCAUGAAGUUGCCUUGAUGUUUUGUUACAUGCACAAAUUCUUUGCCUCCUCUGGCAUAAAGACACAAUCUGCAAUUGUUACAGCAACAAUAACUCAAUCACUUGACUAAAAAAAUGAAUAUGCGCCAA